AUGGAAGGUUUCAACCAAACCAGAGUGACUGAAUUUGUCUUCUUGGGACUCACUGAUAAUUGGAUAUUAGAGAUGUUAUUUUUGGUGGCAUUCUCAACCACCUAUGUGCUGACCUUGUUUGGGAACCUCCUCAUAGUAGUCACCAUCAUAUUCACCCCACGUCUCCACACCCCCAUGUACUUCUUCCUCAGCAACUUGUCCUUCAUUGACAUCUGCCACUCAUCUGUCACAGUUCCCAAGAUGCUGGAGGGCUUCCUAUUAAAGAGAAAGACUAUCUCUUUUGAUCAAUGCAUUGCACAACUCUUCUUUCUACACUUCUUUGCCUGUGCAGAGAUCUUUCUGCUGACUAUCAUGGCCUAUGACCGUUAUGCGGCCAUCUGCACCCCUUUACACUACUCCACGGUGAUGAACAUGCAGGUAUGUGUGCAGCUUGUCUUUGCCCUUUGGCUGGGAGGCACUAUUCACUCCUUGCAAACCUUUCUGACUACCUGCCUGCCCUACUGUGGCCCCAACAUCAUUGAUAGCUACUUCUGUGAUGUGCCGUCUGUCAUAAAGCUGGCAUGUACAGAUACAUACCUCACAGGGGCACUUAUUGUGUCCAAUAGUGGAACCAUCUCCCUCGUUUGCUUUCUGGCUCUGGUGACUUCCUAUACAGUUAUCCUGGUGUCUCUCCGGAAGCAGUCGGCUGAAGGACGCCAGAAAGCACUCUCCACCUGCUCAGCUCACUUCACUGUAGUGGCCCUCUUCUUUGGACCCUGUAUUUUCAUCUACACACAGCCGGACACUAGCUUUUCCAUUGACAAGGUGGUGGCUGUGUUCUACACGGUCAUUACCCCUUUGCUGAAUCCUGUCAUCUAUACUUUAAGAAAUGAGGAGGUAAAGAGCUCCAUGAAACAACUCAGACAAUGCCAAGUCUUUUUCACAAAAGCAUUUACUUGA